GGCAACAACAAAGGGAUGUUAUGUAACCGCUAUUUAUACUUGUGCUCCCUCUUCCUCUCACCCUGCCCUUCUCACGUCAGGCAGCGCCACAUGCAAGCCAAAUGCAUCGGCUCUCCCUCUCCCCAAGACGCUCUUCUUUCAUCCCUUCCUUUUUCUCAACAACCCCAUCUGUCCAAAGUCUUCACCUUGACUGAAGCUGAUGCAGCUUUUCUUCUUCUCCUUUGCAACACUUGUCGAACAAACCUGCAAACCCAGACCUUUGGAAGGAAACAGCAAAGCGCCAUGUGGUUUGACAGCAGAAGGCUGAUGAGUGAAAUGCCACAAGUCAGCUUGUCACAACUAAAUCUACAGCUUUGUGGUAGCUGCUGCAGGACAGAAGACCAUUUGGGAUGUGCUGGAGAAGGCUUUGUGCAGCGGUCAGACUCUACCAUCAUUAAUGCAAGAUCUUGGUGGUCGGGUCGCUCCAUCUGUCCCUCAUUUGUGAAGAAGACCCAGAGAUACCUAAACCCCUCCACGGACCUUGUCCCUGACCCGGAGAAGGCAAUCUACCCCUUUCCGACUCAAGACCAUGGUCUCUGGUUUGGAGGAGCUGACUCUCACCCUGGUGAUGAGGAAUUCAGCUGCAGACCACUCCCUUUUAAAGCGAUACAUUGCUAAUUUUUUAUAUUUUCUCAAGUCAGUAUGUGCUGAUAUGACCCAUUACUGGGUUAAUGAAAGGCCACCCAGCUCCGAUCUCCCCCUGUGGCCAGAAUAUUCCACUUGCAACUUCAGACUGGCAGGCCGCUCUGUUGGGACAACAGAGCUGACAUACCUGGUGCUGCAGUCUGCUUCCAGCAUGUUUUAGAUCAUGAACAACUGAAUUGUUUAAUUUAGUGAUGAACCGCUCCUGUAGACACUAAGGAAGGCGUUUCAGCUGUUAGAUGAAGGUGUUAAAAAGACGAACACACAGCAAGAAGAUGUUUUGGUUCUAAAAACUGACACUAGGAGGUGCUAAAGGCAAGCCUAGUUCCCCUUUAAACGUUUUACAUGUUUUCUCCACUUUCUGGACCCAUUCUUACAUCUCAAAAUACAGAGGUUGUUGGCAUGAAUGAAAAUAGCAGAAAGCAUAUGUUUGAAAACUGAGUUCAUAGCAGCUGAAACUCAGGUGGUACGAGGAUCCUCUCACAAUUACAGCUGCAGGGUUAAACCCCUAAAUCCAUAGUUCUCAGGUUAAAGCAUCUUGAGGGAAAAUCCUGAACUGAACAUCUCUCACCUCAUGUUUUUUGGACUAGUGCUGAAUCAGUCAAACAAAAGUCAAGUAUUGCAACAUUUCCUUUGAGCAGACUAUAACAACUUUAUAUGUAGGAUCAUCUUACAGCACAAAGAACAGACCGAGCAUGCUGCUGAGUUCAAUCGUGAAGUUAUUUUUGUGCAUCCUGAAGGCCAAGAGAACAUAGUUAACUGUUAUAUGAGAAAGAGAUAUCUGACACCCAGCAGGUGUUCAGCUUGGCACGCCAAAUGAAGAUAGCAAUAAAUAAAUAAAUAAAUAAAUAAAAAACUCUGUGGUG